AUGAUAGAGCCACAGCCUCUUCCGGCUACAGACCCGCAGAACAUUGUGCAGCCUACCAAGGAGUGGGUCCUCCCAGCGCGAUGCAAGCCAGGUCGAAAGCUCUCGAACAAUGUGCCCAUGACCAAGCGCAAGGCGCAAAAUCGCGCCUCACAACGGGCUUUUCGCGAACGCAAGAAUGCGUACCUUGUUGAGCUUCAGCAAAAAGUUGCACAGUUUGAGGCCCGCGAGGUCGAGGCUAAUAUUCAGAUGCAGCACAUCGCACUCCAGUACCGCCAGGAAGCUGAGGCGCUCCGAGCCGACAAUGCGCGCCUCACACAGCAAUGCCGCGAACUCGUCCAGCAGGUACAAGUGCUGCAGCACACCGUAAAGAACCAGAGUGACGAAGGCAGUACGCCGCACACUCGCAAGGCGCCGCAAUCGUCUAGGAGCUGCUCCCCAGCGAAGCGCGCGUCCAUGUCGCCCUCCCCGCCAAGGGCACCGGUGCCAGCCGCUCUGCCUUUGCCCCGUCCGCUGGCGGACGAUGAGGAAGACGUACUGGAUAUUGACUGUAUAUUUUGUCCGGGCAAGAGCCAAUGCGUAUGCCGCGGCCAUGCCCUUUUGCCUGUGGACGACGCGAGUCCCACGCUAGGAACAUCGUCUGCCGUUGCUCUACCGGUCCGAUCCAUGACACAGAAACGUUUAUGGUACACAGUGGACUCGACGGGCCAGAUACCCCGCCCCAGCCCUCCAGCCCCGGCCUCGUCCUCACUCAAGUCGCCACCACAUCCGGGCUAUGUGCGCAUUCGACGGCGCACGCACAACUCUGCAAAACCUUUCACACACUUAUGGAUGACGCGGCCUGCCACACGUUCGUGCACAGGCGAUCCACAGACGUGCGACGCGUGCCAAUCGGAUCCGCAGCUGCAGGAGUUUUGCCGAUCCGUUUCACAACAUCCCGUGUCAGCGGCACGUGGAACGCAGGCCCACGAAAGUGUGCCAGCGGCUUUCCAGAGACUUCAGCGCCAUCCAAACUUUCCCAAGAGUCGCGCUGGUCUCGACAUACUGGCAGAAGUUGUCUCGCACGACUCAGUUGGCGAUGCCCCCAGGGCAGGGCCGCAAGAUGCGCUCAAGACCGAGCGGUCUUCCAUCCUUGUGAGCACAUCGGCUGUGUCCGAGGCACUGGCCCUCCUUGACAAGCGGGCGCCUGAUAUAGCUUGCCCUUGCCCGUGGGCCCAAACCUCAUCGCGGCUCCCUUGGCCUAGGUAG